AUGGAUGCUGUUCAAAAGAGAGUAUUGAAAAGUAACCCAAGCGAUUUAGAAAAAGAAAUAGCACAAUGUUUGUUAGACAUUGAAUUAUCUAGUUCUUCGGAUAUAAAAACAGAUGCUAAAGAAAUAAAAUUAUUAUCAUGUGAUUUAAUAGAAGUAGAAAAAUUAAAAAAGAAAACUAUUUUAAUUUAUAUUCCUUACAAAAUUUAUACAACCUAUGUAAGAAAAAUUCAAAGAAAAUUAAUUAAUGAAUUAGAAAAAAAAACGAAGAAAUAUGUUGUGUUAGUUGCAAAAAGAACUAUAUUAAAAGGAAAACAAAAAAAUAAAUCUUUCAAAAUUAUCCCAAGAUCAAGAACUUUAACGAGUGUAUAUGAUUCAAUCCUUGAAGAUAUUGUAUCUCCAAGUGAAAUUAUUGGAAAGAGAAUUAGCAUGAAAGCAGACGGAAAAAGAGUUUUUAAAAUUAUGUUAGACUCUAAAGAAAGACAAAGAGAUAACAUUGAAGAGAAACUUAUUAGUUUUGCUGCUGUUUAUAAAAAAAUUACUAGGAGAGAUGCCGUUUUCUCAUUACCACCAACAAAUGAAAAAUAA